AUGACUGCUGUGGCUCCUAUGGAGAUCCGUGUCUUCUCCGACUUGGUGAACAAAGCAAGGGUAGUGGAGGAGUAUGCCAAGACAGUGGCGGCAUCUAAGGACACUCAUGGAGGGAGCUCUAGUCGUGGGCGUGGCAAGUAUUUUCAUCCUAGAGGACAAAGCUUCAAAAGAGGGGGAUAUACUCCUCAAGGCCAAGGGGGCUUCAGAAAGAACAAUCAGAAUCAGUUUCAGUAUGCUAAAGGAAGAGGAAAUCAGAGUAAGAGUUCUCCGGAUUUAGCUUGUGAUCGUUGUGGACGUUUUCACCCUUAUGACUCAUGUAAGAUUGGUUUAGGUGGUUGCUUCAAGUGUGGGUUACCUGGCCACAUUGCGAGGGAUUGCCCUCGUGGGAGGAAUCAGAAUGCGGGCCAAAGUCAGCAUCAAGGUCGAGUCUUUGCUGUGAAUGCCAAGGAUGCUUCCAAGGCGGAUCCUUUGAUGAAAGGUAUAUGUCUAAUUGGUGAUAAAUCCUCAGUUGCAUUAUAUGAUACUGGAGCUUCGCAUUCGUUUAUUUCAUUUGCUAAAGUUGAGGAAUUAGGCUUGAAAGUAUCAGAGUUACCUUUUGAUCUACAUGUACAUACUCCGCAUUAA